AUGAAGAGAAUACUGAAAAUGAAUUUCUUUUCAACCUCACCGAUUUUGGUUGAAUUAGUAAAAAAACAGUUGAAGACUAUUUUUAGAAGACUUGCCCAUGAACAAAUGCUUUUGGAACAGGAGCUUGCAGAUUCUGGAAUAAAAGCAUUAAUUCAUCCUUCAGAAGAAAAAAUUGAGUCUCAUGAACUCCCUUUAGAGCUACAAACAUUGAGAUGCCCAUAUCCUGAUUUGAAAUCUUCAAUCCUUAAGGAGUUUUUUAAAUUUACAAAGGAAUAUUGGAAGAAACUUGAAGAGAUUGAGCAACAUUUAAAUGCCAUACACAGGAACUUUGAGUUGAAUGAAGAAGAUCAGUGGAUUUACCAGGCAAUUGUAGAUCAGUAUCCAAAAGAUAUUCACAGAAGAAGAACUUUGUAUUUGGAUAUGUUACAGAAGUAUUUACCUCACAAAUCUAGGCAAGAAUUGGUUACACAUGAGAAAUACUGGAACCAAUAUUGUUCAACCAGGGAUCAGAGAAGAAUUUUCUUAUUAAAUUGGGCUAAGGAUAAGAAAGAUUUUAUACAAAAAGCUAUAACCACUGCUGCAGAAGCAUGUACUGCUUAUGAAAUGGAGACCGUAUUGGCCCACGACAGAAAAAAGCAACUGGAACUCUGUGCUGUCUUGAAAGAAAAGGUUCUUCAGUGGCGAGCACAUCAAGAGGAACAAGCAAAACUAGAAUACAACAUUAUCAUCAGAAGAAGGGAAAAAGAAAAGAAGGAAGAGAAACUUCGGAAGGAGAAGGAAAUAUUGCAGAGAGAGGAGGAGAAAAAAAAGAUCAAAGAGUACUGGGCUAAAAAGGAGCAAAAGUGGCAAGAAAUAGAAAAGAGAGAUCUUCAGCGCCUGGAACAAGUAAGGAAAAUAAUGGCUGAGCAAGCAAGUAAAGACCAAGAAAGGGUCAAAUUUAGACAGGAAUUACUGGAAAAGCGCUGGAUGGAGAAAAAAGAAAUGGCCAUUAAGGAAACAAAGGAACAAGAAGAAAGAGAGAAGAGGCUAGAAGCCCUCAGGAAACAGGUUUCCAUUGUGGCCCAAGUUGAUCAUGUUAGAAUGAUGGCAGAUACAUUGGCCUCAAAGGCUAAAAUGGGAAUUGGAACUGAAGAAGAAUUUGUUCUUCAAAAACCACUCUUCAAAUUGAAUACAUAUACAGAACCCCAGAUAAUUUCUGACCCCAGACUUCGUAUUGAGUUAGCUCUUCGAGAAGCUGGACUUCACAGGACACUUUAUGCAAAAGAGAUCUUGCCAAAAAUUAGUCCUUAUAAACUUCCAAGAAGAGACAUGGCAUCUACUAUCUUUCAGAUGUAA